UUCGGCAUGGCAGUCUGGGUAAAGGACGGGGAGAAGCAAAUAUCGCAAAACGUUUUGGUUUCUGCUACCACGUACUCGUUAUAUUUAGAGUACUUUCGAGGUUCGGUCGCGAUCGUGACUUUGGAUAGAUUCAGGCUAAUUGGGACGCUUGGUAAUACGCACAUGUAUUUAACUUUUCUUCCGUCAGCCAAGAUUUUUCAGUUGUUGAAUGAGUUAUUGAAGAUGAAACAUCUUUCGAGACACUUUAAUAUCGGAUGGAUCUUGAUGGCUUUCGAAAGUGUUAAGGAGAACCGUCGCGACCCCGAUAACACGUACGCUGAUAUUCAGCAGCUGCUGUCAAUAUAUUAUUACUGGUACCACCUGCCGCGAUACCAUAUGUGACUUUAAAUGCCAUCCGGACUUUUCGAAAAAGAAUGGAAUCGAAAAAGAAUUAAAUUCCUACAAGAAAAGCAGAAUUUCACGUAGA